CACGAUCUUUAUCAUAAUCACUAAUCAGCCGUUAAAUCCUUGCCUUUUCUGUUGCCCCAAAAAUACACUUUAAAUGAUAAAUACACUCUCUCUUUCUAAAUGGAAAUCGACGCGAAUAAAAAUUAACUCCAAAUAACAGACCAUUUCAGGCGAGAAAAAUGAAAAAAUUCUAGGGUUUCGAAAUCUCUCCCUCUCUCCCUCUCCCGUCGAUUUUCCUUUCCUCCAAACGUCAUUCCUGUAGUUUUUUCUUUUUCAUUUUUUCCCGGGAAAGUUGGAGGAAGUUUUACAGGUCUUAUGUGUCGUUUUCUCCGGGAAUUUCAUUUUCCCGGGAGAAUAUUAUCUCCGAAUUCGCCUUCCUCGCUAGCUUCUUCUCUGAAUCAGGCUUUUACAGGUCAUUUGCAUGUGAUUACUGAUCUCAGAUGAAAAGUAGCUGGUAAUUAGAAUUGAGGAAGGGAAGUAAUUGACGUUAAAAGAUCUGUAGAAUCAACGGGGAGAGAGAAUUUCAGAGUUCCAAAGAUAAAGACCCUCCUUUUACACGUUCAUUUUAGAUCGUUAAUUUUGUUUUCUGUAGUAAUGAUACUGAAUUGAUCUUCAAUCAUUGUAAAAUUUAAUGCUAAUUGCUUUAUGGAUUUGGAAGUACUUUCACCUACCUCUUCACCUUCACGGUCAAGGGCUUUGGUGAAAUGUUGUAAUUGUGGGUGUAGUUGUUCUUUAGUAUCUUCUUACUCCCCAGGUUCUUGGUUCCGGUCUGUGAAACGAAAAUAUAAUGAGUUCGAGGAAGGAAAUCGAUUUUAUAUACCUGGAUUUGAUCUCUUCUCAAAUCCUCGUGUGCAAAUUGAGAAUGAAUGUACUGCACUCCGUGAAACAGUUAGUAGCCAACAGCAGGCAAUACAAGAUUUAUACGCAGAACUGGAGGAGGAGAGAAAUGCCUCUUCGACGGCUGCAAAUGAGGCAAUGUCGAUGAUAUUGAGGUUGCAGAGGGAGAAGGCAGAGAUCCAAAUGGAUGCAAGGCAAUUCAAGCGUUUUGCAGAGGAGAAGAUGGCUCAUGACCAACAGGAGCUUUUGGCUUUUGAGGAUAUACUGUAUAAGAGAGAACAAACCAUUCAAUCGCUCAGUUGUGAGGUGCAGGCUUAUAAAUAUAGGAUGAUGAGUUAUGGGCUUACAGAAGCAGAGGCAGAGGGGGAGAAGGGUGAGAAAAGUGGGUUCAGCCGCAAUCCAAGUAUGGCUGAAAAUUUGGAUGCUGCCCAAUUUGAAUUUCCUGCAUACAAUUAUCCACCCUUAAAAUGCAAUUUGAAUGAGAACCCAAGUGCUUUGGAGGGCGAUGAUGAUGUUGUGGAUGUUGAGAAAUAUGCUUUUGGUGAGACUCCUCAUGCUCGGGAUCAUUUGAAGAAUUUGGAAUAUAGGAUCAAUCAGAUGGAACAAAGUCCUAGUAGCAGUCAAUUAGAUGGGGAGUCUUCUGGUUCUAAGAAUAUCCCAGAGAAGGUGAUAGUGGGUCAUUCUCCCAGGCAACCAAGAGACAGGAUGGUUUCUGCUAAUGGUUCGAGUUCAUUCAUGGGUAUGUCAAGAGAAACAGGUCCAGAUCUUGUGACAGAAUCUCCUAGUUUUAGGUUCAAUAAUAGCUUUAAGAAAAUGGAUUAUGUUUCACAGUCAGAAGACUACUCGAAUUUGAGAAAGGUGGAUAAUGCAUCAGAUUUUGCCGAUGACAUGAGUGACAGAGUUUAUACCAUUGAUUCUGUCCACAAUGGGGUACCGUAUAAUUGUGUUGCCGAUCCAAAAGCUGGAGCUGUGAUUUGUGAAGAUUAUAUAUCCACUCCAAGGGAGGGAUUAAAUCGGCCUGAUGUUAGUGAUCCUGAUGUCAAAAAGCUCUACAUGAGGCUUCAGGCACUUGAGGCUGACAGGGAAUCUAUGAGGCAUGCAAUUAUUUCAAUGCGCACUGAUAAAGCCCAGAUGGUGCUGUUGAAAGAAAUAGCUCAACAUUUGUGCAAGGAGAUGUCACCAGAAAGGCGAAUGCCUGUGAAGAAGCCAUCUCUUCUUGGAACCUUUUCCUUCUUGUCAAUUUUCAAGUGGGUUGUGUCCUUCAUUUUCUGGAGAAAGAAAGCUCGUCGAAGCAAAUAUAUGUGUGGGCUUUCAGCAAGCAAUGUUGGUCUGCUACUGCUUCUGGACAAAGGGCCUCGCACAAGGCAGUGGAGAUGUCUUACAAGUACACAAGUGUAAAACCACCAGUCAAACUUCCAUAUCCAUUGGAUGCUGAUGUUCAUAUAUGUGAGCCCAUAGUGGAUUUUGGUCACGUUGCCAUAAUUUUUCGCAUUCUCUUUCUGGAUUCAUUGCUUGCUGCUGCAGAUUUGGGUGUGCUUUGCAGUGUUAUUUCAUUUGGAUUUCUACAGAUUGAAUAUAUCUUGCUGGUUGAUCAGGGAAAGAUGGAUAUGGUAUGGGAAUGCUAGCCCAUUUAGUUUGUUCGAAUUUAGCUUGAGGUACAUGUCUCAUGACAGUCCUCUUCUGUAUAUUUCAAAUUCUUGUAUGAUUCCCACUCAAAUAUGCAAUUUGGUUUUCUUUC